GAUCAGAAAUAUCCAAAACAAAGUGGUUGGCACAGCAACAAUCAUGGGUACCCUGGUUUUGUAACACCAUGCCAACAACCUAGCGUACUUAGCGUCCACACCGGGCGUCCGUAUUCCCUGCCCUGAUCUGCAGUCUGCACUAAUAGUCUAAAUGGUCUGCACUAUUAGGAGCCCUGACGGAAAGAAUAAGGCAGCAGAAGCUUGUCGAGCAUAAAUCGGUAACCAUGCGUACAGCGUUGAUGCACAUAUACUAUCACCUAGCGGAGCCAUGAUUUCCCUGUGCCAUCAUGAUCUCAAAACUGUUGCGGUUUCAAAUUGCGGCAGAAAAACAAGAUAGCGCAAAUGCGACAAGAGGUUCAGCGUUCUAUAUCUUGCAUCACGGACCUACUCGAUAGACUCAACCAGCUUCACGUUGCGCGGUGGCUUCCUAUUACCACAGUCGCCUACGCAGCAUUCCCACUGGCGGUUCACAUAUUCGAUGCACAGUUCCCUAGAGCCAAGGUUGGAAAUUCGGUAGAACAACAAGAGCGUAGCAAGUCUAAGUAUUGCCAGCUUAUGGCUCUUAUGAAAGCCAUGAAGGUGUUUCAUGAGCAAUACGACGGGGUCGAGGAUGUCGUAAGGAGCGUUCGGAGCAUCAUUGACCACAUACAAAUCCAUGUCGAGAUUUCAAGCUCGAAAGCCUCACGGCCACCACGGAGUGAAAGUCCAGAUUGGGACCUGCUCGUAUCCCUCGCAAUCGACUGGAGUCUAAGCACAGGUAAGCCCGCGGAUGGGCAAGAGUUCUCCAAGUAUCUACGCGGACUCUUCAACCAAUCGACGAAAUCAUCCUCCUCGGCGAGCGUUGGCGUGCCUGCUUCUGGCAUCGCUUACAAAAGCCAGCGCACCACAAUGCCUGACCCACGGGACCGGGCCCCGAACUUUGGAAUCGGGACUCCAUCAUCGCCUGAUGAUUUUGAACAUUACCAUUUCACGGAUUCAUGUCUAGUCUCAAAUGGCAAUUUGGGCGACGAGAACGGGCAGAGCGGACUCGGCACGGCAGGUCAGAUGGCGUCCCUGAUUCCUCCAUGGCUUGGGAUCUUCACGGAUCUUGUGAUGGGCGUGACCAGACGGAUAUGA